AUGACCAAUUGUCACGCCGUGGAGCUGGCUCAACAGAGCCACUACGAGGUUCUCCGGACGAUGGCGGGCUGUCUGCUUCCCACUGAUGUUGUUGCCUUCAGGCACCUGUUUCCUCGAGGCAGGUUUCUGGAAUUUCUGUGCAUCGAUGAUCAUGUUUCAGUGCAAAUUCUGGCUCGUGCUGCUGCUUUGCGAGGGGACCCGGUUGGUGAUACUAGGGUGUUCGGGCAAUCGCAUGUCGCAUACGACGCUGCUGGGCUUGACCCACACCCCAAGAAGUGCAAGCGAAACCUGCAUCAAGCAACUUUGCUCGGAGCUGACAUAGACGGCGUUGAGGGCUUUGUUUCCGCGCAGCGGGAUAGGACGCUGCCCCCGAUGCUCUGCACCGCUGAAACAGCGAGGUUUCAAGCAAAGUGGGCAGUGCUUAAGUUUGCUGGGUGCUGUGCUCGCGAGUACAUUCGUUUCGCGAUGGACCCGGAACUCACGGCCAGCGAGGCUGUUCGCCAGAUAGCUUCAGGCAACGAAGUCACUUUCGAGUUGCUUAAGGAGUUUGUCCUGCAGCGCCACAACGCCGCCUGUGCUGCUGCAGCCAAGCAAUCAGGUCAUGCAUCGCCAGAACAUGCAAGUAAAAUUGACAUCUGGGCACGUGGCCAAUGUAGCCAUGUCCCACAGGCAAGCCUUGAGUUUCUUAGGUCUUUCAAUGGGUCCCUCAGCGGGUUUGCCAUGUUGCUGUUCCGCUCUUCCAACGGCUGCUUCUGGGUUUCAGUUUGUUUAGUGGCUCAAAUCAGAUGUGUCGGGCACGGAGCUGCGGCGGAGCAGUGCCCCAACGGCACCAUGCUUCCGUUGGUCGUUGGCCUGGCGCUGGUCCUCUUACUGAACUGCUCAUGGAUCGUCGCCGUUGUCAUCGUAGUUGCGCUCCUCCUGUUCUUCGUGGUGAACUUAAUCAUGCGUCAGGAGUCCAUGCUCUACGUGCCCUGUGUUAUGCCGGGAAUGCAGACCCCAAGCGAUAACCCAGAAGGCAUGCGCAGCCCUGCUGACAGGCAGAUGAAGUUCGAAGAUGUCUUUCUGGAGACAGUUGAUGGCUUGCGAAUUCAUGCAUGGUUCUUGCCAGCAGGAGAUGAUUCUGCAACUCGGUCUGCGCCGACGCUGCUCUUCUGCCAUGCAAAUGCCGGGAAUAUUGGUCUUCGCAUUCCAAACUUCGAGCAUCUCAUCAAACGGCUGCAGGUGAAUGUCUUUGCGCUCGACUAUCGGGGAUACGGCCAAAGUGAAGGAACGCCUUCCGAGGAGGGUCUUAUCGAGGAUGCCUUGUGUGCGUGGAGGUGGCUGCAAAAGGAAUCUAGUGCAGGGCGUAUAGAUGCGGAACAGCUUUUCGUUUUUGGCCGAUCUCUUGGUGGAGCAGUUACCAUAGCACUUGCCUCUGAGCUUCAGAAGCGUGCGCAACAGCCGCUCCCAAGGGGUCUCAUCUUAGAGAACACGUUUACAUCCAUUAGUGACGUUGUCAAUGCGCUGUUUCCCAUUUUGGCAUUCGAAAGCCUGAAAAAGCGGUUCCUUCGAAUAAAAUGGGAAAGCAUCCAAAGAGUUCCAGACCUCGAGGUACCAAUGCUGUUCCUCACAGGGGAGAAGGAUGAGAUGAUCCCUCCUUCCCACUCUCGACAUCUGCAUGCGCGAGCAGAAAAGUCCAGGCUUAAGCGGCAGGUGGUGUUUCCAGAGGGUCACCACAACGAUACGUGGGAGAAGGGUGGCGAGGAGUAUUGGGAGGUGCAGGCGACUUUCCUGCAGGAGUGUCUCUCGCAAGCUGCAGGUUCCAAGAAGGUGAACUCGGAGCCUGUGCAGGUGACGGAAACCACCUGA